AUGGAAAAAUCAUGGUUCAAUUUGAUCUUGUCUAAGGGAGAAUUAGAAUACAGAUGUGGGCUAAGUAAAUCAAUGGAUAGCCGCCUUGGUCCUGUUGAAAAUACUACUGUAAACGAAGACCCGACUAGAAAUGAUACGGAUAAAAACAUUCAUGAUUGUAGUGACAGCUCUAGUUAUUACAGUAAGGUUGAUCAUUUAGUUGACGUCAAAGACAUUCGGAAUUUCAUUUCUGAUGACACCUUUUUAAUUAGGGAUAGUAAUCAGGACCGUUAUUCCAUAUAUUUUGAUAGUGAAAAUCAAAUUUUUGAGCUUAACAAUGAUCAUUCUUUUUUGAGUGAACUAGAAAGUUUUUUUUAUAGUUAUCAUAAUUCUAGUUAUAUGAAUAAUGGAUCGAAAAAUGAUGAGCCCCACUAUCAUUUUAACUUGUAUGAUAAUGAUACUAACUGUGGUUGGAAUAAUCACAUUAAUAGUUGUAUUGACUCUUAUCUUCGUUCUCAAAUCUGUAUUGAUAGUUCCAUUUUAAGUGGUAGUGACAAUUCCAAUGAUAAUUAUAUUUAUAAUUACAUUUGCGGCGAAGGUGGAAAUAGUAGUGAAGGCAAGAAUUUCGAUAUAAUAACUCGUGAAAAUGGUAAUGAUUUAACUCUAAAAGAAAGUUCUAAUGAUCUCGAUCUAUACAAGGAUUUGUGGGUUCAAUGCGAAUGCGAAAAUUGUUAUGGAGUAAAUUAUAAGAAAUCGCUUAAUUCAAAAAUGAAUAUUUGUGAACAAUGUGGAUAUCAUUUGAAAAUGAGGAGUUCAGAUAGAAUCGAACUUUCGAUUGAUCCAGGCACUUGGGGUCCUAUGGAUGAAGACAUGAUCUCUCUGGAUCCCAUUGAAUUUCAGUCUGAAGAAGAGCUUUAUAAAGAUCGUAUUGAUUUUUAUCAAAGAAAGACAGGAUUAACUGAGGCUAUUCAAACAGGCACGGGUCAACUAAACGGUAUUCCUAUAGCAAUCGGGGUUAUGGAUUUUCAGUUUAUGGGGGGGAGUAUGGGAUCUGUAGUAGGCGAGAAAAUCACCCGUUUGAUCGAAUAUGCUACCAAUAAUUUUUUACCUCUUAUUCUAGUGUGUGCUUCCGGAGGAGCACGCAUGCAAGAAGGAAGUUUGAGCUUGAUGCAAAUGGCUAAAAUAUCUUCCGCUUUAUAUGAUUAUCAAUCAAAUAAAAAGUUAUUUUAUGUAUCAAUUCUUACAUCUCCUACUACUGGUGGAGUGACUGCGAGUUUUGGUAUGUUGGGGGAUAUCAUUAUUGCUGAACCCAAUGCCUAUAUUGCAUUUGCGGGUAAAAGAGUAAUUGAGCAAACAUUGAAUAAAACAAUACCGGAAGGUUCACAGGCGGCUGAAUAUUUAUUCCAUAAGGGUUUAUUCGAUCCAAUCGUACCACGUAAUCCUUUAAAAGGUGUUCUGAGUGAGUUAGUUCAGCUCCACGGUUUUUUCCCUUUGAAUCAAAAUUCAAUCAAGUAG